AUGAAACAUAACCAGAGUUACUGUCGAACACCUCCCACUAUUACCAUCCAUUUAAAGCCAAAUGAAUCUAAAUCAUAUCAGCAAAAAAAGACACUUGCCCUUAAGCGCCCUAAAUUUAAAGACUGCCGGGAGACCUCUGGGAAAAACAUUAAUCAUAAUAUUAAGCCAAAACAGUCAAAAGGUUCAUGUCUAAUUAUUCAGCGUCAGGAAAUGACAGCUUUCUUUAAACUAUUUGAUGAUGAUUUGAUACAAGAUUUCUUGUGGAUGGACUGUUGCUGUAAAAUUGCAGACAAGUAUCUUUUGGCAAUGACUUUUGUUUAUUUCAAGAGGGCUGGCUAUAGUAUAAACGAACACACCCGGCUUAAUUUCUUUGUUGCUCUAUACCUUGCAAAUACAGUUGAAGAAGACGAUGAAGAAUCAAAAUAUGAGAUUUUCCCAUGGGCUUUAGGAAAAACUUGGAGAAAACUCUUCCCAGAUUUCUUGGCUCUGAGAGAUGAACUGUGGAGUAAAAUGGGUUAUAGAGCUAUAGUAAGCAGACGUUGCUGUGAAGAGGUAAUGGCAAUUGCUUCAACACAUUAUGUAUGGCAGCGAGAACGGUCUCUUUACCAUAGUGGAGCUAUAAGAAACAGUUGCAGAAACAAAGUACAGUUGCCUAGAGGACCCAAUGCCACACCUGUAGACUGUGAACUUUGUGGGAAAAAAACACGAUAUAUAAGGCUGGGAUUAUCAUCUUCCUCCUCCACUGAAACUUUGGAAAUGAUGGAGCACCAAGUCGCUCCUGGAUUGCUUGAUCCAACAGAUAAAAUGCUCCUUGAUCCAUCAUAUCAUUGUCGCUCCCAAGAUGAACUGCCAAGUAAUGGGAAAAAAAGUAAUCGAGAUAAAUCCAUGGACUGGUUUACUGGAAAUGAAGAAUAA